AUGGGUUGGUUCUGGGCAGAAUCUAAGCCACGCCAGUCGGCGCCCGCUGUUCCAAACCCUCCUUCGUCAGAAGCCUCUCCUCCCCCGGGAUGUCCAAUGCACGCGUCUGCUUCCUCGCCUCCUCCUCCUCCAUCUUCUCCAGCAGCGGCGUCCUCUCCCUCGGAAUCCUCUGGCGCCUGUCCAGUCCGCUCAACAGACUCCCCGUUCUAUGUUCCCCCCAAAUCGAAGUCCUCGGACGUCCACGCGUCUUCUCCCGACAACAACGACAACAGCAACAACACUCAGUCGACCUUGUCGAAACUCAACCCCUUGAAUUACAUGUUCUCAUCAAUCUCCCAGGACCGGGCGCCGAACCAGACCGUCGACCUCGGAGUAGACCGUGAAACUUCUUCCAUCCCCAGGGGCGAUGCAAGCGGAAAUUGGGAGUAUCCAUCCCCCCAGCAAAUGUACAACGCAAUGCUUCGAAAAGGCCACACCGAUACCCCACAGGAUGCUGUUGAGGCCAUGGUUGCAGUUCAUAACUUUUUGAACGAAGGCGCCUGGGAUGAAAUUGUUGGAUGGGAGCGCAUAUUCGCCCAAGGCCUCUCGGAAGGUUGGAACAAGUGUCGCCGCGGCGAGGAAAACAUUGCUCUGGAUGCUGCUCAAGCAGAUCCGCCCGCCAAUCCACCAAGCCUCAUCAGAUUCCAGGGUCGCCCGCAAGAGCUUUCGCCAAAGGCAACGGUUCUCCAGGCUCUGGGAUGGCUAUAUCCGGCCAAAUUUGAGAGCAACCCACCUUUUGACCGACAUGACUGGUUCGUUAUGAGGCAAACACCUUCGGGCCCGAAAGAAGUGCGCUAUGUGAUCGACUACUACUCAGGCCCCCCCGAGCCAACGGGCGAACCUGUUUUCUACUUGGAUAUCAGACCGGCAUUGGACACCCCAACGGCUGCUGUUGAGCGGUUGAUGAGAUGGGGAGGGGACGUUUGGUGGCGAGCAAGUGGCGGCUCGGUUCGAGAGAACGGCCGGAGUUGA